AUGAGUACUACGAACACAGCUACCAUUAUCGGCUUCGGCAAGUAUCGCAAUUUGUGCGUUGAGCAUGUAUUCGAUAUCGAUCCCAACUACUGUCGCUGGGUGAGCUUUCAGAAAUCGAUAAACCUCAAGUCGGAGAUCACAGAUUUCAUUGACAGCAAAUUCAAGGCUGCUGAUGAUGGAUCUUAUAUCAUGAACUGGGGACGACACAAAGGCAAGUCGCUGAAGACGAUCAAGCUACUCGAUGCCAGAUACCUCGACUGGCUUCACAAGUCCAAGUUUGUGAAGGGGGAUCAGGCAUGGCUCAUUGAGAAGAUCGAUGAGUUGUAA